UAGGUGUGGAGAUUUCGGGAAUGGAAACACAACUCAACCUGGUGGCAAAAAUAUGCAUUACAAAUAAUAAACAAUUGUCCAUGUCAAGUGUCAACCACCGUAACGAGUGUGGUCAUUCCUCAUUCUAAGAUUUCUAACAAUAACCAACAAAAAAGUACAAAAGAAUAUUAAUCAUCAUAUUCGAUUACACUGUUUAAGUGGUUGUUUUGAUUGGAAAAUCGAAUCAUGGGAGCUAAAGAUGAAAGCAGUUCAAGUCAGUUUCUUCAGAAAUUUGAUAAAGCUUUGUCUUUGUUAAACUCAUAUUGUGACAAGCCUAAAUCCUCGUUUUCUGAAAAUAUUUCAUUUUUACUUGAUAAGUCUUUGGACCAUUUAAAGAAGCUUGAUAGUGAUAGCAUUAAGGAAGCCCAAUUUCUUGAUCCAACACAUGUGGCUCUCAUUCAAAGUCAAAGCGUGAAAGUUUUCUUGAAUGAAGUUUUGAAGAUAUCAAAAGUGCAUAGCAUCCACUCUUCUAUAAUCACUUUUGCUAUCAACCUGCUACUACAGCUGACCAACAAUGAAGCUAAGUUUGAGCUCAUGUAUUCAGAGUCACCAAAUAUCUUUGUCAAAAUUCAACAGUUGACGGAAACCACAAUUGUAGAAAACAAUGAAUUCAAGCAAUCCAUCAUGAACUUCUUUUUGAGCCUUUCAAAACUUAAAGCAGGCCUGCAGUGGCUAUUGACUUCAGGCUCUCUCCUUUUCAUUGUUGAUAGCUUGAGUGAUCGUACAAUAUUUACAAGAAAGAAAGCCGAGGAGGCCAUUAAUUAUGCUUUGCCACUUCUAAAUGAUGCCAACCGUGAAAUCAUAUUCACAAAAUUGUUGGAACCAAUUCUCAAAGCGGGAAAUAAACUUGAGAAUCAUCAAAUAGAAAGUGACAAACUGAAACCUUAUUUUGAAAUUUUGGAACACUAUGUUACCUUAACCCUAUCAUCCAACAAAAUGGACACAACCGGAAAAACUCUUUCAUCGUUAAAUACUGAACAAGUUCUCCACAACAUUGUAUCCACUGCACAAAAUGAAAAAUUACUCACUCAAGCCGCAUCCCUUAUUGCAGCAAUAUACGCCAAAUGUGCCAUGGAAAAUGAAAAAGAGCAAAAUACUUGGGAGAUAAAAACAGUGUCACUGAUUCAAUUGAUUUUACGUCGCGGUUUCUUAAGGGUUACUUUGACCGUAAUUUCGCAGAGCUUGUUCUUUUGGAGUCAGUUGAAAACAUCUAGGUUAGUGGGACAACUUGUCCAUCUUAUGAUAGUUCCGGUGUUGGUUGAUACAAAGGAGGUUGGUGAGCAUUAUCCAUGCUACCCAAAAGUUUGUCAAUAUUGGGAAAAUUUGGCUGACGAUUCAACAAAAUCCAUUAGUAAAACUCUUUCGGCAAUGCUUCAUUCAAACAGUGAACUCAAUGAGCUCACUAGUAUCUCAUUGAUUGGUUUCAAUAAAUCAAUCAAUAAACUUGACAAGGAUUCUGCAUUGAAAAUUACUCGUUCUGGCAUCUUUCUUCUUGGCUGCUUGAAGGUUCCUGAAGCCAAACGAAUGACCCUUAUGUCUUUCACUCCUCAGCUUGCGAUUAACUUGAUCAAGAGUUUGUGCUCCUACAUCGAUUUAUUCAAUAUUAGGUGGUGGGAGACCUACGAAACGGUGUGCCUUCCAUUCAUAUUCACCAAGAUAGUAGCUUUCAAUGCUAGCCGUGAUAUUCAGGUUACGUGUGCUGGUCUAGAAGGGAUCAAAUUUUGUAUUCAGCAAUUCAUUCAUCCGAACCAGGCUUUGCUUUUGACUGACUCACCGGAUUCCUCGUUGCAGGAUAUGGCCGAAGUACUUCAACAGUGCACCGUUUCCGUUCACUGGGAAGUUCGUGACAGUGCGAUGGAAGUUGUGCUGGAAAUGGCCCAGCUGUCGCACGUUAGAUUCCCACCAUUUCAACAAUUACUGAUAAACUCGCACUUGAUUGAAGCUGCCUUAUCCGCAUUCAACGACACAGAGUCAUACGUGCGAGCUUCGGCUAUAGGAGUGAUUGCCGCCGCUACUCCAGUCCCUUUUUUAUGGGAACAUCUUUUGACUUUCUCUGAUAUCCCAGUAAUCAGUAGUUGCUACCUUGUACUACAGCAAGAUAGCGAGGCCUUGGCCAGGCGUGCGGCUGCCAAAGCUUUAACGCUCAUUACCCAAUCCGGACAUUUCCCACUCGAUCAAGACCGAACUACGCUGUAUCGUCAAAUGAGCUCGGCUGCUCUUUCGGAUUUAGAUUGGGAGGUUAAACUUCAAGCGCUAGAAUUUUGGCAAGUUAUGAUUGAUGAAUCACUGACCCAACAGGGAAUGUUGGAUGGAAGUUUUCCUGAGCUCACUUUUUCGAAGGAGAAACAAAAAAUAGUUCGAUUGGAUGCGAAAGAAAUUCGUUCGAGAUUACAGACUGCCUUAUCUGAACUAGGAUCUUGUGGGUGCCUUCAUGUUUUACUCCAGCUUGUAGAUGACUGCGAUGCUCCUGUUCGAGAGAAAUCAAUUCAAUUACUUCACCGUUUACGCGAUAUUUUGGCCACUUAUCAAUCAUUGGACUUGAACGUUUGGCAAGUUUCUCAUCCUCCUCAAGUUGAAAAAAACGAAAUGAGCGGAGAAGAACAUCUAACACCAGAAGAUGAAACUAUACGCAAGGACUCGGACGAAGUGAUCGACGAAAUCCUGUCAGUUAAUGAUGCCUGUCUUGUGGCUGGUAUUUUAACAAACAAGGAUCCGAAAAUGCGACCCGAUCCCAUACCAGUGUCACCCGUGAACGCACACGAUUUCGUGAACAGAAUUAAUUUAAUGGAUAUGGAGACCAUGCUCUCUACUACUACUAUGUCUUCAGAUUUGCAUGUUAAUGACUUUGAUUCAUUACUUGAAGAUCUGGAAGAUUGCAUCCAUACUGACACAAAUCGUCCACGACCUGAUUGCUACUAAAUAAUUUUUUAUGCCAACAAAAUUUUCGUAAGAAAACAACAAUAUUUUUGUGUAUCAUCAGUGAGUUAGCAAAUCAACUGUAUCGCCGCACAACAAUAUCGAGAAGUCUGUUGUAUGGGAGAGUUCGGAGGGCUUGCAUUAAUUCAUCUACCAAUAAAGAAAUAAUUAUUGUUAAAUUAA